AUGGAGCCACAUAGGAUCCCUGAAGAUACAAAUAAAAUCAACUAUCAUGAAGAAUUUUUAAAAGCUAAGGCUUCUGCUGAGAUUUUUGAAGAUGAUUUAAAUAAUAUUCCACCAUCUCGAUUGGUGGAUUCUGAUAGUAAACUUACUUAAUUAACUAUUUGAUUUUUUAAAAGUUCUUCUUUAGAAGGAAAACAUUAACUCCUAACUAGUGAUGCCAUAGGCCAUCCAAUUCCCCCAAAGCCAUGAUACUUAUAUCAGAGAACCGCCCCUACAAGUCAGCAAGAAAGUCGUACGGCUGCGUUACUUCUUUGAUUACUUGACUCUUGCGCGUGCUAGCCUCAGGUAACCACCGAGGAUAUGCCAAGCGAUGAAAACUCAGCUAAAAAUCCAAGUAUCAGGCGCUCCUAUGAGCUCAAGUUUUCUUGAUAUAGCUGGAUAAAAAUUUACUGGGAAACCUGAACCCUACAAUAAUAAAAUAUAACGAGGAUGGUAAAGCUCUCUGAGAGAAUCCAUUCCAACAAUGCGAUUUUUUUUAUUAUUAUGGUGGAUUCUGAUAGCAAAUUUAACUUAUGUUUAGGAAGCAUAAUAGGUGCUUUUAUAGGCGACGCCCUAGGUGCAGCAAUAGAAUUUAAUAACAGCAUCACAGAUGAGCUUUUAUCUCAAACUCUGGAAAUGCAAGGAGGAGGAUGUCUACAUCUUGGACCUGGGCAAGUAACUGAUGACUCUGAGCUCGCUAUGUGCCUACUUCAAGGCCUCUGUGACGGCAAAGGUAUCUUAAACCUCGACUAUAUUGCAAGAUUUUAUAGGUUAUGAAUUUUAAGUCACCCCCCUGACAAAGGAAACACAGUUUUAGCUGCAUUUUCCUCUUUUUAUGACAGAUCUCCAAGAGCCCGCUAUUGUAUUGAAAACGCAGAAAAAUACAACAAAUCCUCUGAAAGCAACGGAAGCUUUAUGAGAUGCACACCAUUAGCUGUUUUCUGUAGAAAUCUAAACGAUGACGAAAUAAGAGAAGCUGUUAAAGCAGAGUGCUCGAUGACUCAUUCUAACAAAACAAUACAAGAUGCAGAAGUUUGCUAUGUGAAAGCUAUUACAAGCUUGAUUAAUAGUCACGGAAAUAGAGAAAAGGCUUAUAACGAUGCAAAAAAUAUUGCAACUUUGCCAGAUGUGCAGCAGUGGCUUGAGGAUAUUGAAAGAUCUGAGCCUAUGCCAGGGAAUCCGAAUAUUGGAUGAGCGAAAAUUGCGUUUGACCAUGCCUUUAGACAUAUGAAGAAUGGGAGCAGCUUUUAUACUGCUGUGUCUGAAACUCUUAGAAUUGGAGGUGAUACAGAUACAAAUGCGUGCAUAGUUGGAGGGCUGAUAGGAGCAGCUGAAGGGUAUAAUGCAUUACCUCAAGAAUGGAAAAAUAAAGUACAAGGCUAUGAUUUUUUGACAUUAAAUAGAGGCAUUGAGAGGCCGUGGUUUUUAGAUCAAACUGUAGUCGAGUCACAAGCUGAGACACUGUAUAGGAUUGCACCAAGGUCAUUAAGUAUCGUUGGGCUGGCAAAGAAUAUUAGUUAA